UAAUCAUAAUAAUGUGAUAAUGAUAAUAACAAUAAUAAUUAUACAUAAUGGUAAUUAUACAGUAAUGUACAGCAAUACAGUAAUCUACAGUGAAAGCAGAGCAGAGGGCUGAAGACAUUGGAAGCAGGCUGAUAAGACAUCUACUGGUAAACACAGAGGGGACACUGUUAAUACAACUGAAGUUAUUAUGGGACUGCUGUUUGAAAAUCAAUGAACAUCAUAUGAUUUUGGAAUAUUGACUAACAUCUAAUUAAUGUUGGUCAAUGACAUCGUCCUUCAACAGCGGUUAACGGAAGAUCUAACAGGGUUCAUGUAUGAUUGAUGUUGUGUGGUUCACCUCAACAGAGACCUAAAAGGACAUGGAUAUGAAGCCUCUGAUGAUUCUCCUCCUGCUAGCAGCAGCUGUAACAACCACCACUCCUGCAGCAGCUGGUGCCACCACCACUCCUGCAGCAGCUGUCAUUACCUCCACUCCUGCAGCAGCUGGUACCACCACCACUCCUGCAGCAGCUGUCACCACCACCACUCCUGCAGCAGCUGGUACCACCACCACUCCUGCGGCAGCUGUCACCACCACCUCUCCUGCAGCAGCUGUCACCACCACCGCUCCUGCAGCAGCUGUCACCACCACUGCUUCUGCAGCAGCUGGUACCACCACCGCUCCUGCAGCAGCUGGUACCACCACCGCUCCUGCAGCAGCUGUCACCACCACCGCUCCUGCAGCAGGUGGUACCACCACCGCUCCUGCAGCAGCUGUCACCACCACCGCUCCUGCAGCAGCUAUCACCACAGCUUCUGCAGCAGCUGCUAUCACCACCGCUCCUGCAGCAGCUGUCACCACCACCGCUCCUGCAGCAGCUGGUUCCACCACCCCCCCUGCAGCAGCUGUCACCACCACCGCUCCUGCAGCAGCUGUCACCACCACCGCUCCUGCAGCAGCUGUCACCACCAUCGCUCCUGCAGCAGCUGGUACCACCACCGCUCCUGCAGCAGCUGUCACCACCAACGCUCCUGCAGCAGCUGUCACCACCACCGCUCCUGCAGCAGCUGUCACCACCACCGCUCCUGCAGCAGCUGGUACCACCACCGCUCCUGCAGCAGCUGGUACAACCACCGCUCCUGCAGCAGCUGUCACCACCAUCGCUCCUGCAGCAGCUGUCACCACCACCGCUCCUGCAGCAGCUGUCACCACUACCGCUCCUGCAGCAGCUGGUACCACCACCGCUCCUGCAGCAGCUGUCACCACCACCGCUCCUGCAGCAGCUGGUACUACCACCAUCCCUGCAGCAGCUAUCACCACCACCGCUCCUGCAGCAGCUGGUACUACCACCACCCCUGCAGCAGCUAUCACCACCACCGCUCCUGCAGCAGCUGGUACUACCACCAUCCCUGCAGCAGCUAUCACCACCACCGCUCCUGCAGCAGCUGGUACUACCACCACCCCUGCAGCAGCUAUCACCACCACCGCUCUUGCAGCAGCUGGUACCACCACCGCUCCUGCAGCAGCUGUCACCACCACCGCUCCUGCAGCAGCUGGUACUACCACCACCCCUGCAGCAGCUGUCACCACCACCGCUCCUGCAGCAGCUAUCACCACAGCUUCUGCAGCAGCUGGUACCACCAUCGCUCCUGCAGCAGCUGUCACCACCACCGCUCCUGCAGCAGCUGGUUCCACCACACCCCCCGCAGCAGCUGGUACCACCACCGCUCCUGCAGCAGCUAUCACCACAGCUUCUGCAGCAGCUGUCACCACCACCGCUCCUGCAGCAGCUGGUUCCACCACACCCCCCGCAGCAGCUGUCACCACCACCGCCCCUGCAGCAGCUGUCACCACCAACCCUCCUGUAGCAGCUGUCACCACCACCGCUCCUGCAGCAGCUGGUACCACCACCGCUCCUGCAGCAGCUGUCACUACCACCGCUCCUGCAGCAGCUGUCACCACCACCGCUCCUGCAGCAGCUGUCACCACCACCGCUCCUGCAGCAGCUGUCACCACCACCGCUCCUGCAGCAGGUGUCACCACCACCGCUCCUGCAGCAGCUGUCACCACCACCGCUCCUGCAGCAGCUGUCACCACCACCGCUCCUGCAGCAGCUGGUACCACCACCGCUCCUGCAGCAGCUGUCACCACCAUCGCUCCUGCAGCAGCUGGUACCACCACCGCUCCUGCAGCAGCUGGUACCACCACCGCUCCUGCAGCAGCUGUCACCACCACCGCUCCUGCAGCAGCUGUCACCACCACCGCUACUGCAGCAGCUGUCACCACCACCGCUCCUGCAGCAGCUAUCACCACAGCUUCUGCAGCAGCUGGUACCACCAUCGCUCCUGCAGCAGCUGUCACCACCACCGCUCCUGCAGCAGCUGGUUCCACCACACCCCCCGCAGCAGCUGGUACCACCAACGCUCCUGCAGCAGCUGGUACCACCACCGCUCCUGCAGCAGCUGUCACCACCACCGCUCCUGCAGCAGCUGUCACCACCACCACUCCUGCAGCAGCUGUCACCACCACCGCUCCUGCAGCAGCUGUCACCACCACCGCUCCUGCAGCAGCUGGUACCACCACCGCUCCUGCAGCAGCUGUCACCACCAUCGCUCCUGCAGCAGCUGGUACCACCACCGCUCCUGCAGCAGCUGGUACCACCACCGCUCCUGCAGCAGCUAUCACCACAGUUUCUGCAGCAGCUGCUACCACCACCGCUCCUUCAGCAGAUGUCACCACCACCGCUCCUGCAGCAGCUGGUACCACCACCGCUCCUGCAGCAGCUGUCACCACCACCGCUCCUGCAGCAGCUGUCACCACCACCGCUCCUGCAGCAGCUGUCACCACCACCGCUCCUGCAGCAGCUGGUACCACCACCGCUCCUGCAGCAGCUGUCACAACCACCGCUCCUGCAGCAGCUGGUACCACCACAGCUCCUGCAGCAGCUGGUACCACCACCACUCCUGCAGCAGCUGUCACCACCACACCUCCUGCAGCAGCUGGUACCACCACCGCUCCUGCAGCAGCUGGUACCACCACCGCUCCUGCAGCAGCUGGUACCACCACCGCUCCUGCAGCAGCUGUCACCACCACCGCUCCUGCAGCAGCUGGUACCACCACAGCUCCUGCAGCAGCUGGUACCACCACCACUCCUGCAGCAGCUGUCACCACCACACCUCCUGCAGCAGCUGGUACCACCACCGCUCCUGCAGCAGCUGGUACCACCACCGCUCCUGCAGCAGCUGGUACCACCACCGCUCCUGCAGCAGCUGUCACCACCACCGCUCCUGCAGCAGCUGUCACCGCCACCCCUCCUGCAGCAGCUGUCACCACCACUGCUCCUGCAGCAGCUGUCACCACCACCGCUGCUGCAGCAGCUGUCACCACCACCGCUCCUGCAGCAGCUGUCACCACCACCGCUCCUGCAGCAGCUGGUACCACCAACGCUCCUGCAGCAGCUGGUACCACCACCGCUCCUGCAGCAGCUGGUACCACCACCGCUCCUGCAGCAGCUGUCACCACCACCACUCUUGCAGCAGCUGUCACAACCACCACUCCAGUAGCAGCUGUCACCACUCCUGCAGCAGCUGGUACCACCACCACUCUUGCAGCAGCUGUCACCACCACCACUCCAGUAGCAGCUGUCACCACUCCUGCAGCAGCUGGUACCACCACCACUCUUGCAGCAGCUGUCACCACCACCACUCCAGUAGCAGUUGUCACCACUCCUGCAGCAGCUGGUACCACCACCACUCAUGCAGCUGCUGGUACCACCACCACUCUUGCAGCAGCUGGUACCACCACCACUCCUGCAGCAGCUGGUACCACCACCACUCUUGCAGCAGCUGUCACCACUCCUGCAGCAGCUGGUACCACCACCACUCUUGCAGCAGCUGUCACCACCACCACUCCAGUAGCAGCUCUCACCACUCCUGCAGCAGCUGUCACUACCACCACUCCUGCAGCUGCUGGUACAACCACCACUCCUGCAGCAGCUGGUACCACCACCACUCUUGCAGUAGCUGUCACCACCACCACUCCAGUAGCAGCUGGUACCACCACCACUCCUGCAGCAGCUGGUACCACCACCACUCUUGCAGCAGCUGUCACCACCACCACUCCAGUAGCAGCUGGUACCACCACCACUCUUGCAGCAGCUGUCACCACCACCACUCCAGUAGCAGCUGUCACAACUCCCGCAGCAGCUGGUACCACCACCACUCUUGCAGCAGCUGUCACCACCACCACUCCAGUAGCAGCUGUCACCACUCCUGCAGCAGCUGGUACCACCACCACUCCUGCAGCAGCUGUCACCACCACCACUCCAGUAGCAGCUGUCACCACUCCUGCAGCAGCUGGUACCACCACCACUCUUGCAGCAGCUGUCACUACCACCACUCCAGUAGCAGCUGUCACCACUCCUGCAGCAGCUGGUACCACCACCACUCAUGCAGCUGCUGGUACCACCACCACUCUUGCAGCAGCUGGUACCACCACCACUCCUGCAGCAGCUGGUACCACCACCACUCUUGCAGCAGCUGUCACCACUACCACUCCAGUAGCAGCUGUCACCACUCCUGCAGCAGCUGGUACCACCACCACUCAUGCAGCUGCUGGUACCACCACCACUCUUGCAGCAGCUGGUACCACCACCACUCCUGCAGCAGCUGGUACCACCACCACUCUUGCAGCAGCUGUCACCACCACCACUCCAGUAGCAGCUGUCACCACUCCUGCAGCAGCUGGUACCACCACCACUCUUGCAGCAGCUGUCACCAUCACCACUCCAGUAGCAGCUUUCACCACUCCUGCAGCAGCUGGUACCACCACCACUCCUGCAGCAGCUGUCACCACCACCACUCCAGUAGCAGCUGUCACCACUCCUGCAGCAGCUGGUACCACCACCACUCUUGCAGCAGCUGUCACUACCACCACUCCAGUAGCAGCUGUCACCACUCCUGCAGCAUCUGGUACCACCACCACUCAUGCAGCAGCUGGUACCACCACCACUCUUGCAGCAGCUGUCACCACCACCACUCCAGUAGCAGCUGUCACCACUCCUGCAGCAGCUGGUACCACCACCACUCCUGCAGCAGCUGUCACCACCACCACUCCAGUAGCAGCUGUCACCACUCCUGCAGCAGCUGGUACCACCACCACUCUUGCAGCAGCUGUCACUACCACCACUCCAGUAGCAGCUGUCACCACUCCUGCAGCAGCUGGUACCACCACCACUCAUGCAGCUGCUGGUACCACCACCACUCUUGCAGCAGCUGGUACCACCACCACUCCUGCAGCAGCUGGUACCACCACCACUCUUGCAGCAGCUGUCACCACUACCACUCCAGUAGCAGCUGUCACCACUCCUGCAGCAGCUGGUACCACCACCACUCAUGCAGCUGCUGGUACCACCACCACUCUUGCAGCAGCUGGUACCACCACCACUCCUGCAGCAGCUGGUACCACCACCACUCUUGCAGCAGCUGUCACCACCACCACUCCAGUAGCAGCUGUCACCACUCCUGCAGCAGCUGGUACCACCACCACUCUUGCAGCAGCUGUCACCAUCACCACUCCAGUAGCAGCUUUCACCACUCCUGCAGCAGCUGGUACCACCACCACUCCUGCAGCAGCUGUCACCACCACCACUCCAGUAGCAGCUGUCACCACUCCUGCAGCAGCUGGUACCACCACCACUCUUGCAGCAGCUGUCACUACCACCACUCCAGUAGCAGCUGUCACCACUCCUGCAGCAUCUGGUACCACCACCACUCAUGCAGCUGCUGGUACCACCACCACUCUUGCAGCAGCUGGUACCACCACCACUCCUGCAGCAGCUGGUACCACCACCACUCUUGCAGCAGCUGUCACUACCACCACUCCAGUAGCAGCUGUCACCACUCCUGCAGCAGCUGGUACCACCACCACUCAUGCAGCUGCUGGUACCACCACCACUCUUGCAGCAGCUGGUACCACCACCACUCCUGCAGCAGCUGGUACCACCACCACUCUUGCAGCAGCUGUCACCACUACCACUCCAGUAGCAGCUGUCACCACUCCUGCAGCAGCUGGUACCACCACCACUCAUGCAGCUGCUGGUACCACCACCACUCUUGCAGCAGCUGGUACCACCACCACUCCUGCAGCAGCUGGUACCACCACCACUCCUGCAGCAGCUGUCACCACCACCACUCCAGUAGCAGCUGUCACCACUCCUGCAGCAGCUGGUACCACCACCACUCUUGCAGCAGCUGUCACCAUCACCACUCCAGUAGCAGCUUUCACCACUCCUGCAGCAGCUGGUACCACCACCACUCUUGCAGCAGCUGGAACCACCACUACUCCUGCAGCAGCUGGUACCACCACCACUCCUGCAGCAGCUGGAACCACCACUACUCCUGCAGCAGCUGGUACCACCACCACUCCUGCAGCAGCUGGUACCACCACCACUCCUGCAGCAGCUGGUACCACCACCACUCUUGCAGCAGCUGGAACCACCACUACUCCUGCAGCAGCUGGUACCACCACCACUCCUGCAGCAGCUGGAACCACCACUACUCCUGCAGCAGCUGGUACCACCACUACUCCUGCAGCAGCUGGUACCACCACCACUCCUGCAGCAGCUGUCACCACCACCACUCCUGCAGCAGCUGUCACCACCACCACUCCUGCAGCAGCUGUCACCACCACCACUCCUGCAGCAGCUGUCACCACCACAGCUUCGGCAGCAACCACUGUCGCAUCAUCUGACCCUCCAUCUUCUAGUGAAGGAACAAUGAGUCUUCAGUUCCGUCUCAACCAGACGUUCAACUCAGAUCUUUCCAACCCUUCCUCUUCAGGAUUCAAGACUCUGGCUGCCAAAGUGACCUCUGAGGUGAACAAGGCUUUUGUUAAUAAGACCCCAGGCUACCGUCGUUCCAUUGUCAACUCAUUCAGGAGUGGAUCUGUAGUGACCGACAUGACCCUCGUGUUCGACAAGCAGUCUUCGGUUCCCAGUUCAAGCGACGCACAGGCAAUUCUCACCAGCAGUUCCACCUCCCUGAACAUUAUACCAGGCAGCAUCAGUGAUGGGUCAUCAACCACAUCAGGAAGUGCUCCCCGACCCACUUCCUUCUCUCUGGCUGCCUUGCCUCUCAGCUUGGCUCUGUUAAUGGUACAGCUGCUGGCUAACCAAUAGCCUGAGGCAUAGCUGCUGUGGCUCUGCUAGCUGCUGGCUAACCAAUAGCCUGAGGCAUAGCUGCUGUGGCUCUGCUAGCUGCUGGCUAACCAAUAGCCUGAGGCAUAGCUGCUGUGGCUCUGCUAGCUGCUGGCUAACCAAUAGCCUGAGGCAUAGCUGCUGUGGCAUUGGCUUAACCAAUCAACAGUUUCCCAGCUUUCAUAGAUACAGCCUUAAAGCUAGAAUCCUUAGUUGCUACGACCAUUUAUUUACUUAUAAAUUCAUUAUAUGCACCCAUUGAUUCUAGAAGAAUACAACAUAUGAAUACCUCAUGAGUUUAGCUCAACUGUCGUACCCCAUCAGAACCCACAAUAUAAGCAUGUUUUACCCCAAUGUUUCUAAACAAUGCAAACAAACACUGUACAGCUUUAAGACAUUAUUAAAUCUAUAAUUCUGAUAUCAUGGAUGGUCAGUCCUGGCAUCUAUAGCUCUGUCUAUUUUAUUUUAUGUGGCAAGUCAGUUAAGAACAAAUUCUUAUUUAAAAUGAUGGCCUAGGAACAGUGGGUUAACUGCCUUGUAGUGGGGCAGAAUGGCAGAUUUUUUUCUCGGGCAUUCGAUCUUGCCUUUUCGGUUACUAGUCCAACACUCGUUAGAGCUGUCAAUUUUGCGUGAGGCGGCAGCCUAGUGGUUAGAGUGUAGAGGUGGCAGGUAGCCUAGUGGUUAGAUUGUAGAGGAGGCAGGUAGCCUAGUGGUUAGAGGAGGCUGGUAGCCUAGUGGUUAGAGUGCAGAGGAGGCAGGUAGCCUAGUGGUUAGAGUGUAGAGGAGGCAGGUAGCCUAGUGGUUAGAGUGUAGAGGAGGCAGGUAGCCUAGUGGUUAGAGUGCGGAGGAGGCAGGUAGCCUAGUGGUUAGAGUGUAGAGGAGGCAGGUAGCCGAGUGGUUAGAGUGCAGAGGAGGCAGGUAGCCUAGUGGUUAGAGUGUAGAGGAGGCAGGUAGCCUAGUGGUUAGAGCAUAGAGGCGGCAGGUAGCCCAGUGGUUAGAGUGUAGAGGAGGCAGGUAGCCUAGUGGUUAGAGGAGGCUGGUAGCCUAGUGGUUAGAGUGCAGAGGAGGCAGGUAGCCUAGUCGUUAGAGCAUAGAGGCGGCAGGUAGCCUAGUGGUUAGAGGAGGCUGGUAGCCUAGUGGUUAGAGUGCAGAGGAGGCAGGUAGCCUAGUGGUUAGAGCGUUGGAGUUAUAACCGAUAGGUUGCUAGAUCAAAUCCUCUGAGCUGACAAAAUAAACAUCUGUCGUUCUUCCCCUGAACCAAGGCAGUUAACCCGCUGUCAUUGGAAAAUAAUAUUUUGUUCUUAAAUAGAGAGCUGUCAGAAGAUACAGAAAUCCCAUGUAGCCUUGUUCGAACACUAGAAUGUGAGAUGUAAUCUACACCUCGAUUAGGUUAUAAUGAUUUUUCCAAAUUGAACGUCAAUAUUUUCAAAAUGACCUACACACUUCCUCGUUCGGAACUUGUAACGCGAGUAGGCCGGUGUACUUUUCCUGAUAAGAGCUGCUGUUUACCGAUUUUACAGAUGAUUAAAACCUCUUAAGGAUAGGCGGGAGGCAAAUGUCUCAACUGGCCAAUUGCCAGGGGAAAUGCAGAGCGCCAGAUUCAAAUAAAAUGCUAUAAAAUUCAAACUUUCAUUAAAUCACACAUGUAAGAUACACAAUUAAAGCUACACUCCUUGUGAAUCCAACAUGUCCGAUUUAAAAAAAAAAGCUUUUCGGUGAAAGCAUAAGAAGCUAUUAUCUGAUAGCCUUCACCGUCUACACCAGCAGUGAACAAAGGAGCUAGCAUAAUUACAACACAAAAAUGACCCCCAGUUUCGAGUUGGCCUACUUCUUCAUUGCACAAAGGAAUAACCUCAACCAAAUUCCAAAGACUGGCGACAUCCAGUGGAAGCGGUAGGAACUGUAAAUAGGUUCCUAUGAAAUAUCCCUUGGCAGAGACAAUAUAGGGAACAGAGAGGGGGGGGAUUCUGAACAGUUAGUCCUCGGGGUUUUGCCUGCUACAUAAGUUCUGUUAUACUCACAGACAUGAUUCAAACAGUUUUAGAACCUUCAGAGUGUUUUCUAUCCAAAUCUAUGAAUAAUGAGCUGAGGAGAGAGAACAAGGAGCUAGGGGAGAGAGAACAAGGAGCUGGGGGUUGAGAACAAGGAGCUGAGGAGAGAGAACAAGGAGCUAGGGGAGAGAGAACAAGGAGCUGAGGAGAGAGAACAAGGAGCUAGGCGAGACAGACAUCUAGAUAUAGUUUAUUUGUUGUUUUUAUAAAUCAGCCCUUCGGCUUCCAACCACCUGUAUAUCGUAUUUAUUGAUUUGUUUUUCAUCUGUAUUGUUGUUAAUCAUUUAUUUUCUUUGUUGCAAAUAAAUGUAACCUUAAAUGUAACCUAAAUCUAGAGGAGCAGAAGGGAGAGGCAGACCGUUAAAGAGGAGACAGAGAGAGAAGGCCACUAGGGAAGAGGCGGAUAUAGUCAAGUUUGAAUUUUCCUUAAUUUUUCCUAUUCAUUCUCUAUGGUAAGUCUCAUCAACUACGGGUGUAAUAUAUUCCUGGCCACUGGUUGGUUUUGUGGCGCUGUUCCACUCCACUCCAGACCAAUUUUCUUUUAGAAAAGGACAUUUUCAUACUGUACUGUUAGCUACCUCACAGAGCAAAGAGGGACCAACAGUCACUGAAGACUCACAUCUCCGUUAUUUAACGGUAGUUAUUAUAGACCGAUCUGGCAUUUCUCCCAUCUGGAAAUUACAACUGUAAUUACUUUACUUUCAUUUUGUUUUGUCCGAGAUAGCGAGCCACAAAGCUAAACGGCUAGCUAGCUAACUUUAUAUGCCUCUCGAGCCCUCAAACCUCAUCAAUGCUUCAGUUACUGACGGUUGUUCUAUCCAGAGACCGCUGGGUUGAGAAACACUUGUAUUAUUAACCAGAAAGAGGGACAUGUCUCAAAAUACUCAAAGAAGAUGCCUUGUAAGGAUGCAUCUCCAUAGGGACAUGUCUCUGUAUGUACUCUACCGGGCAGCAGGUAGCCUAGUGGUCAGAUCGUUGGGCCAGUAACCGAAAGGUUGCUACAUCAAAUCCCCGAGCUGACAAGGUAAAAAUCUGUCGUUCUGCCCCCUGACCAAGGCCGUUAACCCACUGUUCCCCCGUAGGCCGUCAUCGUUCUGCCCCCUGAACAAGGGAGUUAACCCACUGUUCCCCCGUAGGCCGUCAUCGUUCUGCCCCCUGAACAAGGCAGUUAACCCACUGUUCCCCCGUAGGCCGUCAUUGUAAAUAAGAAUUUUUUUCUUAACUGACUUGACAAGUGAAAUACAAAAAACGUAUCUCCUAGGGGUGCAUCUCAAUAGUCUAGUCUCCUAGGGGUGCAUCUCAACAGUCUAGUUCUGUCUCCUAGGGGUGCAUCUCAAUAGUCUAGUCUCCUAGGGGUGCAUCUCAACAGUCUAGUUCUGUCUCCUAGGGGUGCAUCUCAAUAGUCUAGUCUCCUAGGGGUGCUUCUCGAUAGUCUAGUCUCCUAGGGGUGCAUCUCAAUAGUCUAGUGCUGUCUCCUAAGGGUGCAUCUCAAUAGUCUAGUUCUGUCUCCUAGGGGUGCAUCUCAAUAGUCUAGUGCUGUCUCCUAAGGGUGCAUCUCAAUAGUCUAGUCUCCUAGGGGUGCAUCUCAACAGUCUAGUUCUGUCUCCUAGGGGUGCAUCUCAAUAGUCUAGUCUCCUAGGGGUGCUUCUCGAUAGUCUAGUCUCCUAGGGGUGCAUCUCAAUAGUCUAGUGCUGUCUCCUAAGGGUGCAUCUCAAUAGUCUAGUUCUGUCUCCUAGGGGUGCUUCUCAACAGUCUAGUUCUGUCUCCUAGGGGUUCAUCUCAAUAGUCUAGUCUCCUAGGGGUGCAUCUCAACAGUCUAGUUCUGUCUCCUAGGGGUGCAUCUCAAUAGUCUAGUCUCCUAGGGGUGCUUCUCGAUAGUCUAGUCUCCUAGGGGUGCAUCUCAAUAGUCUAGUGCUGUCUCCUAAGGGUGCAUCUCAAUAGUCUAGUUCUGUCUCCUAGGGGUGCAUCUCAAUAGUCUAGUGCUGUCUCCCAAGGGUGCAUCUCAAUAGUCUAGUUCUGUCUCCUAGGGGUGCUUCUCAAAAGUCUAGUUCUGUCUCCUAUGGGUGCAUCUCAAUAGUCUAGUUCUGUCUCCUAGGGGUGCAUCUCAAUAGUCUAGUUCUGUCUCCUAUGGGUGCAUCUCAAUAGUUUAGUUCUGUCUCCUAUGGGUGCAUCUCAAUAGUCUAGUUCUGUCUCCUAGGGGUGCAUCUCAAUAGUCUAGUUCUGUCUCCUAGGGGUGCAUCUCAAUAGUCUAGUUCUGUCUCCUAAGGGUACAUCUCAAUAGUCUAGUUCUGUCUCCUAGGGGUGCAUCUCAAUAGUCUAGUUCUGUCUCCUAAGGGUGCAUCUCAAUAGCCUAGUUUUCUCUCCUAAGGGUACAUCUCAAUAGUUGUUAGGAAUUUUAUGAAUAAAUGACUAAACAAUAUCCCCAUUUUAAAUAGAACUGUAACUAAGUAAACUCAUACUCUGUUUUAUUAUAUCUUGUUGACAAUAUGAAUUCAUAAGUGAGGGAUUGUGGAGCCUGAAACAGGGGGUAAUAAAUAAAUACAAUUCCAGCCAGGUUGGAGAAGAUUGGAAGUGUUUUUUUUUUAAGUAAACAGAAAAGGUCUUUAACAUAUGGUCCGGGUUCAGGUUCAGCUUUGACUAAAAUCAGAGUUUUUGAUUGAAAUUAAACUAUUUGUAUGUACUCCCUAGAAAGUUAUAGUUGCUAGUAUUUAUAUAAGAUAUAAACAGAACGUUUUAAAUAGUUUGUUUGGUUCAAAUUGAAAGACUAAUUCAUUAAACGUUAAAAUAAGGACGGAGUGAAUUUUGAGGUAAGACGAUGUCUGUUCACUAAAUGAUCUGUUUGAAUAAUGUAUUGGGAAUACAAAUAAUUAAUAAUAUUAAUUAAAAUGCUGAAUCAAAGACGAGGCAGUUACUGAAAUCUUAUGAAUUCUAAAUAAUAAUGAAGAGACAAUUACGAUUUGUGCCCAUUGAAAUGUUCUUAUAAAUUUAGCGAAUUGAGAGAUGUUGAUUGAUGUUGUAAGUUCUAAUUAAAGAUUCAACAGAUGUGAAAAAUUAGGUUUGGUUUCUCGAACCCGUACUACUGUUGCUGCAGACAGCCAACAAUUAUUUACAAUUCAUUGAAAGUCGCUGCGGCUUGGGUCCAGGUUGAGCCCCUGUUGAUGACAUCACUCGCAAGGCACUUUUGUCGCCACGGCAAUGAUGUUGUGACUGGGGGUGACAUAGAAAAUUGUUUGUGUUUUUUAGAAGGAAAAUUCAUUAUUGUUUUGAGUCACUUUUCAGAAGUUGAUAACAAUUUCCAAAUACAUUUUUAAAAGUAGCUGUAUGUCAUCAGGGUAGUUAGAAAACAUGCUAAAAACUAGCAGCAGAUUCGCUAGGUGGGCAUCAUUGAUUUGUGGCAUUUAUUGGGCUAUAUUUGGCUGUAAGAAAGGGAGAUCUGAAUGUUUGAAUCGUAAAACUUUGUGAUAAUGUAUUCUGGUGGUAAUUUAUUCUUGGUUUGUUUAUUUGGUUACUGGUUGUGGUAGAUUUUAGGUGUUGAUUUUACUUAAUUAAACAUUGUAUUAUCUGG